CCGGAUUGCCCACUGUUAACAUUAACAAUGACCCUCAAUCGCACAAUCAAGCAGGCUGCCCAUCUCCAACGAAGGAACUUGCUCUCUCUUCUUCUUCAACAACAAACCAGACGCAGUGCAAUGCAACAACUCCACUCUCACUUGAUCACCACUGGUGCACAUUCCCACUGUAUGGAUGUUACAUCUUGGAACGUUUUGCUUCGACACUAUUCUCUUGGCAUCUUCCCCCAAGAAGCUUUCUUGCUCUUCAGGCACCUCCGCCUUCAUCAUGUCUAUCCUCCACUCUCCUUCGACAGUUUCUCCUUUUCUUUCCUUCUCAAGGCAUGCGCUAAUCUACAGCACCGCGAGGGGGGACUUCAACUCCAUGCUCUUACUCUUAAGCUUGGAUUUGAAUUUCACGUCUAUGUACAUACUGUUUUGCUAAACGUGUAUGCAGCCUGUGGGGCUUUUCUUGAAGCUAAGCAAAUGUUCGAUGAAAUGCCUGUAAGAAACUCUGUUACUUGGAAUGUCUUCAUUACUGGUCUAGCCAAACGGGGUGAGCUUCAUCUUGCUCGUUCUCUCCUUGAUGAGAUGCCAAUGCCAACAGUUGUUUCAUGGACUACUAUUAUUGACGGAUACACUCGGAUGAAUCAACCCAAGCAAGCUCUAGCUUUGUUUCUCACUAUGUUUUUAGAUGAGGGCAUCAAACCUACUGAAAUAACACUUUUAGCCAUUUUCCCAGCCAUUUCAAAUCUUGGGGCUCUUGAGAUUUGCCAAUUGAUCCACACAUAUGGAGAGAAAAGUGGAUUAAAUGCAUCUGAUAUCAGAAUUAGAACUUCCCUUCUUGAUACUUAUGCAAAGUGUGGGUGCAUAGAGAGUGCAUCAAGGGUCUUUGGAGAAAUAGCUGCCAAGAGCAGAAACUUGGUCUCAUGGACAUCAAUAAUCUCCGCAUUUGCAAUGCAUGGAAUGGCGAAAGAAGCCCUAGAAAAUUUUGAAAGAAUGCAGAAAGAAUGUUUGAAACCAAACCGAAUAACAUUCUUGAGUGUUUUAAAUGCUUGUAGUCAUGGAGGAUUGGUUGAGGAGGGGCUCAAGUUUUUCACAAAGAUGGUUAACAAAUAUCAAAUUUCGCCAGAUGUUAAGCAUUAUGGAUGCUUAAUUGACAUGUUGGGCAGGGCUGGGAGGCUAGAUGAAGCAGAAAAGAUGGCUUUGGAGAUUCCGGAUUAUGUGGUUAAUGUUGUAAUUUGGAGGACGCUUUUGGGUGCUUGCAGCUUUCAUGGUAAUGUUGAGAUGGGUGCAAGAGUGACAAGGAAGAUAUUAGAGAUGGAGAGAAAAUAUGGAGGGGAUUAUGUGCUUUUGUCCAACAUCUUUGCUGGUGUUGGAAGGUUUUGGGAUGUUGAGAGGGUGAGAAGAUUGAUGGAUGAGAGGAAUGCCUCCAAAGUUCCAGGACUGAGUUUUUUCUGAUUGACAGAGAAAGAAGCCAUUUUUAGGGAAGUUUGGAAAGGUUUUCUGGUCAGUUAAUAUCCUUUGUGGUGAUCAGGAUUAAGGACCUGGCUGUUUCUAGAACCAAUUAUAAGUUAGGGAGUCAUGUUGCACCAGGAGUUCAUUUGGGAAUUGAUCCAUUUAACGUCUUAACUCCUGUGUUAAGGGUCUCUUCACUAGUUGGGGACUCGGGGGAAAAUUCCUUAUAAUCAAGUGGUUGGGCUUUUGGAAGGAUGUAGACCUUUUCUAAGGCAAUGACCUUGACCUUUUUGGGGGUUUAAUAGGCGCAACCUUAAGGGUUGAUUUGGCAGAAUUUUGGUGGUAGACGAAGAUGUCAAUCAAAUAGUGACUUCAUCUCCUUUUCUGUUUUCAAAAGCAAGCCAGAAGACUGUUAAAUAUUUUUCCUGGAACAUAUAUUCAUACAGUGUUUGGAGACAGAUAAAGACCAAUGACUUUGGAUGCUAUCAUCCAACCAUCAUAAGGCUGUAAACAUGGUCAAGAAGAUGCCAGCUUACAAAAAUAGGCUGUGGGUAUUAGAACUUGAGUGCACUGGAGGUGCCACAAAUAAAAAGAAGAGUCACAAGCAGAUGAACAAUUAAGACAGGGCGAUCCAUGUUUUUUGGCAGGAAAAUGGACGAAGAGCUCAGCAAAGAACUUGAACUGCAGAUAAAGGGGGCUGAAAAACCCUUUUAUAUGGAAACUUAUAGGUGUCCGUAUUGUACUCCUACCUUUGGUUUGUAGAUUAAUUAAGACAGGGCUAUCCAUGUUCUUUGAGUGUUCUCUGGUGACUUGAAAGUCUGCUGAUGGGUGUUUGAAUUGAUAGCAAAGCUAGAUUAUUGCUGCAGUUGGUUGAAGCAUUAGGAGUUUUGUUAUUAUAUGGAAAUACACUAAGUUGAAUGAUAGGAACCGGAUUGCCCACUGUUAACAAUGGCACUAAAAGAGUUGUAAUUUUUGGAUGAUAUUUAUAAAAAAAUGCAUAGCCAAUCAUGUGAUGUCA